AUGCCUCAAAGGAGUGAAUUGAUAGAAGCCUUACAUUGUAAACUGCAGGAAGCCACCGAAUGUGCAGAGUUUGAUUUCCUCCGAGCUGUGACCGUGGAUGUGGAUAAGCUGCUAUCGAGCUUGCCUGUGCCCCUGCUCUCCAGGAGAACGCUCCCCCCAGAAACUGAGCUGGACACCAAGGCGAGAGCUCUCUACCCUGAGGAUGCCCCAGCGGGCAUGGUGCCGUUGGCCUGCGUGGGUGAGGGGAACCAUCUGUUUGAGGCAGCCAGCAUGCUGCUGAAGGGGGACACCAGCCUGAGCACGGAGCUGCAGCUGAGGACGAUGGUGGAGAUGGUCCUCCACAAGCAGUAUUACCUGAAGGGCAUGAUUGACUCCAAGGUGAUGCUGCAGGCUGCCAGGUACUCGCUGUGCACCGAGGAGUCGGCUGAGAAGAUGAACCUGCCCAUGGAUAUCCUGGAGGCCAUCUUUGACGCUGAUGUCAAGGCGACCUGCUUCCCGGGCACCUUCGCCAACAUGUGGCACAUCUACGCCCUGGCGUCGGUCCUGCAGAGCGAUGUUUACUCCAUCUACCCCAUGAGCAACCUGAAGAUCCGCCCCUACUUCAACCGCCUGAUCCGUCCCCGGAGCCGGGCUCCUGGGUCAGAGCUGUGGACGUUGCACAUCAUGUGGGCGGGGGAGCCGCUCUCCCAGGCGGUCUUCAAGCCCCAGUAUUUUGCGCCAGUGGUCCCCGCCCAGGAGCUGAGGGGCCAAGAGGCCGGCGAGACCCUCCUACCCCUGAAGACCCUGGAGCUUCUCAACGCAGAGCCAGACAUCUCCUACUCCAUGCUCCGGGAGAAGUACAGCAUCACCAAGAGUACCUUCUACCGCUGGAAGAAGCAAUCCCGCGAGCGGCGACGGAAAGCUGCCACUCGCUACGAAGCCAAGCACUACCUGCAGGAGUCCUUCAGCGGAGGCAACUUCCUACCCCUGCAGCAGUUCCGAAGCCACUUCCCGGAAAUCUCCCGCUCCACCUACUACGCCUGGAAGCACGAGAUGCUGACGGCAGGCACUGGGCCAGGAGGGGGGCACCGGCCCGGGUGCGAGCGGGGAUUUGACCAGGGCAGUGGGCUCGGGCGGGGUGACAGCAAGCCCCUGCCACCCAAGGCCUUGCAGAGUGAGAGCGUGGACCUCUCCAAAGCGGCCUGCGGCAGCGGCCUCGCCCCCUUCAACGGCCAGCGGUCACCUUCAAAGCAGCUGGCCAAACGUUUCCUCAGGGAGUGCGUCCUCCUUAACAUGUGCCCUCCUUACAAAAGCUUCAAGAAAACCUACCCCUGGGUCUCCAGGUCCAGCUAUUACAACUGGAGGAGUGAGGCGAUGAGCCACCUGGACACUCGCAGCCCCCUGGCCCAUUCCGGUCUGCACUGGGCACUGCCCGCCCAGCGUCGUGAAAUCGGCGCUCCCGGUCUAGUGCCCGGUGUCAAGGGUGAGGUGGAAGGCAGCGGCAGGGCCGGAAUUAGCUCGCUCCAUGCUGGGGUGAUGGCUGCUGGCAAGGCCUCCUACUGGCAGAAGGUGAGGCCAGGGGAAGCCAAGAAGCGGGCGCAGAUGUGGCAGAUCCCCCUGUCCACGUUCCGGGUGAGGUACCCAUCCAUCUCCGCCCUGACCUUCCUGUGGUGGCGUAGCUCCUCUGCGUUCAGGAGGACCAAGCCGAAGGUCAGCCACCCGCAGAAGGAAGGGAUCUCGGUCGAAACCAAAGAGGGUGUGGAGCGGGCACAGUCGCAAUCGGAGGAGGGAGUCCUGAGUCCCGGUGGCAUGACGGUCUCGGACUGUACGAUCCCGCAGGAGCAGGUCAAGCACCCGUUGGUCGUGGGCACCUUACACGGGGCAGCCUCCAAAGCCAAGGCCAAGCUCUUCCUUCAGCGCCGCUACGUGUCGAAGAACUUUCCAACAUUCCGGGAGUUCAGCAGCUACUUCCCCUUGACGCCCCGCUCAACAUAUUACAUGUGGAAGCGAGCGCUGAGUAAUGGGAUGAUGCUGAUGGAAUGCUGA